GGCUCUACGUUUAUGGCACAUGGAAUAUUAUUAAUACUCGUCACGAGAUUUUCUACAGAAUGGUUACGUCGUAAAGGAAAAUCACAAGAUUAUUAUGAUAGUUGGGUUAUUAUGAUUUGGGGAUUUAUAAAUACGUUUAUGGAACAUAAAUGGGGCACAAAUUGGACUUCCGGUGAUGUACAACAUACACUUAUAGGCAUAAUGUGGUGGUCAGGAGGUUUACUCGGUAUUUAUCUAUCCCGUAAAAACGCAACACGAAAUUUAAUUCCAUCGUUAAUAAUAAUAUUAACCGGCUACAUCCUGAGUCAACAAGCUCAACAAUUGGACAUAGCAUCAGAAAUUCACAGAAUGUUUGGAUUUACUCUAAUGGGUGCAGGUGUUGCAAGAUUGAUAGAAGUUUGUUUUUUGAUGGUAGAGAAACCAAUUACGCCAUUCAGGAGUUUGUGUCCUUUUCUAUUGAUACUUUCCGGUCUUCUCUUUAUGGGUGUACACGAAGACCAAAUUCUAUAUCUUUCUACAAAUGGCUUCGAUGCAUUUUCAUAUGCACUUAUUCAAAUUACGAUAGCAUUCUUUGUAUUUUUUAUUGUAAAUUUAAUGAUUGAUAUAUAUUGGAUGUCGGGUAAAAAUGAUGGGGAACCUAAAUAUGAAAUUAUUAUUGGAGAUGUAACGAAUGAAAAUUCUUGUGAUAAUUCAAGAUGCAAUAAAGAAAAAGAUGAGCCAAGCAGAAAUGUUUUAGAAGGUAGGAAUGGAAUGGAUGGAGGAGAUGGAGGUCUAGGAAGAUUUCCAAGUGGAAAUUCGAGUUUCAUAGAUGAUGGACAUAUAUCAGUAAAUUUGAACGAUGGAACGAUGAGAGAUAACAAUAAUAUGGAAAGUGAUGAUGAUGGUCGGGAUGGAGAAAUUGAAAAAAAAUCUGAUGGAUUUGUGGUAAAUUAUUUAUUGGUUAGUCAACAUGCGGAUGAGAGAUCACAAGACGGCAG